AUGGAGUCCGACGAGCCACAGCUCCAGUAUAGCACACCACAACCAUCCAACAGCUUCAAGCGUCCGCGUCGCAGUCUACAAGGUUCAACUCCGCUCAGUAGCGUGUCCGAAAGCGCGUCGCCCUCCCCCCGUCUCUCCGGCCAGGCAUCACUCACGCCCGAGGUCAUUGAACACAUCAAUGGCCUCAAGCAUCUCGACGACAAGCAAAUCUUCCUGUUGCUCGAAGCCGCUCGCAAUGGAGGUGAAUUUGGCCCGCGCCCUGGCGGCCUGUCGUUGCUCACCAUGACCGCAGAUCGCAUGCGCUCCUCUGGCCCUGACCGGUCUUCGAUGUCUACCCUCGGAAGCCGAACAUCCUCAUACCUCAGCGUGCCCUCAAGCCGGGUUACUAGCAUGAUGUCCGAUCCUCGUUCGUCCAUCGCAUCAACCGACUCGUCGUUUACCCACUACAGUGCUGCCUCGUCGCGCUUGUCUACCGCGUCGUCGCGACUCUCCACAAUUUCCAACGCGUCGCAAAAGAAUUUCGCCUGCACCUUUUGUGACAAAGCUUUGAAGUCCAAGCCCUACUGGAAGUCGCACGAGGAGGAAUUCCAUGAGCAAAGGUUGACAUGGCGAUGCCCGGAUUGCGAACAGAUCUUCCAUGCCGGAAAGCGCUUCCGUGAGCAUCAUACCAAACUACAUGGCUGCGAGAACUGCAAGCAACCGAGAGAAAGCGGACAACCUACCAGCAGGAAAGCGUCGCCAUGUGUGAAAAAGUACGAGAUAGUGAUGCACGACAAGGACGCUUGGGGUUGCGGUUUCUGUGGUUGCUUACUAACUACAUGGGAGGAGCGUUGUGAGCAUAUCGCGUUACAUUUCGAGGAGAAGCGAUCGAAAUGGAACUUCACGAACGUCAUCCUCGGCCUCCUUAAGCAACCGGACGUCUCGCAGGCAUGGAGCUCCAUGCUCACGCAGAAACAUGGCGAUGAACAGAGCAUUCCCCAAUUCACUUGGGAAUCGAAGAAAUGCAACCGACUGAGGUACAAGCUGGAGACGAAAUGGGACAACCGCAUGUUCGAUGUCGAGAAGCUCAUUGAAGAGACGUACGAGUUGGCAGAAAUCGAAGCGCCGGACAGCAAUGAGGCACCUGAGCCCAUCGAGCAAGUGGAACAAAUGGAGUCUAACGACACGACUGAGCUUGUCGACUGCAAGCUAGAGCCCUUCGAGUUCACCCCGGACCAGCGACUGUCCAGCUCCCAUGGUAUGCCGCCUGAGCAUGCAAUGAUGGACCUCGAUCCAGUUGAGCCCAUGCAGACCAUGACACCAACAUCGAUGCAACCACCGAUGGAACCAAGCCAAUGGCCUGUUAGCGCCAAUAUGACGCCAAACACCAUGAGCAUGGAUACGCCCAUGGAUGCGUUUGGAGGUUUCGCGGCAAACAUGACGCCGAUGACCACGGAUUUCAGUCAACCUCAGCCUGUUCCCCAGACCUUUGCCCAAACCGCGUGGCCAAACGCAGGUUUUGUAUCGACUCCCGACUUGGUCAACUUCCAGCAGCCAAAUGCGUACAUGAAUUACACACCGCAGCCACAAAAGGAAGUCGUCCAAGUGCCAACGUCACAGUACUCUGCUUUUGCGCGCCCCACGUCGCAGCAUUCGCAUGCCGGAUUCGUGCGGCCAGCCUCGCAACACUCCAAUGCCAACUUUGCGCAAUAUCCCAGACAGAGUGUGCCGCCGAACUUCCUCCACCACCAGCACACGGGUAGCACUAGCUCGCGCAGAUACGUCCCCAAGCUGAUCAACAUCUCCAACUCGAGCAAUCGUGGAUCUCAACAUUUCCCCGAUCAGCCUCCACCGCCUCCUCCCAAGGACGAGAAUCGCUUUUCGCGGAUGAUUCAGAUGAAGAGGCGCCCCAGUAACAUCUCGCAACACACCGUUAUACCCCAUCGCGAGAUGGGAUGGAACGACGAAGUCAACUGGGGUUGA